UGUCAUUUCAUUUCGCCAGCCGUCACAUAAUCACUCCUCACACACUAGGACUGCAAAUUGUUUUUAUACCAUUUCUAGAUAUUUCUAAGUAAAUUGCGAUUGGGAAUUGUCAUCAAGAUGCUAGCCCGCGCUAUCCGAGUGCGUCCUCUGAUGAGAGGCAUCGCCUCGACAUCGUUGUGGACCCGAAAUCGAUCCGCCCAGAGUUCUCUGAUGCAAUAUUGCCGGGAUCGGUCAACGCGUCUCCAGCGAGGUAACGGAGCCAAUUUAAUGUUACAGCGCUUUUACAGCCGUAAGCGAGACGACUCCGACGAGGAUCUGAUGUCGGAAGGUCAAGGUCCCGAGCUGAUGUCCGAUAGGGAUUCCCAGCUGCCGGCCACUGUAGCGGUGCCGGAUGUGUGGCCACAUGUCCCGUUGCUGGCCAUGCGAAAGAAUCCUCUCUUUCCGCGUUUCAUGAAGAUUGUGGAGGUUUCCAAUCCCGUCAUCAUGGAUCUGCUUCGCCGUAAGGUCAAACUAAAUCAACCAUAUGUGGGCGUCUUUCUUAAGAAAUCAGAUGGCGAAGAGGAGCUGAUCCAUAAUUUGGAUGAUGUGUACAAUCUCGGAACUUUUGCACAAAUCCAAGAGCUGCAGGAUCUGGGUGACAAGCUUCGUAUGGUUGUGGUGGCUCAUCGUCGUAUUCGGAUCACUGGCCAGGUAGUCGAGGAUGUUCCACCUCCAAAGCCCGUGAAAAUGACAACUUUGCACUAUCCACUAUUUAAUGUCAAAUUACAAAUCCCAGCUGAAGAUCAAACGACUGAUCAGGCGGAGGAGGCGCCCAUAAAGUCCAGAUACGACCCAGCCCGUAAGCCUCGCGGCCGUGUACCUAGGGGUCGGGCUGGAAAAUUACGCGAAUCGGAGGCCGCAGAGGAAAUGGUACAAAACCAAACUUUGGAGCCGCCACUGAAGUCAGGCCAAGUUCAGUCUGCUAGUUCACCAAGCCCCCCAACUGAAGGAAAGAAAGUAGAAUCCCCGAGUGCAUCAGAAGGGGACGCACAAUCCGCGCCCAGCGCUCUUCCUGUUCUUAUCGUAGAAGUGGAAAAUGUUAAGCAACCAAUUUACAAACAAACGGAAGAGGUUAAAGCUUUGACUCAAGAAAUAAUCAAGACUCUUCGAGAUAUUAUCACUAUGAAUCCGCUAUAUAGGGAGAGUCUUCAGCAAAUGCUUCAUCAAAACCAACGAGUUGUCGACAAUCCGAUUUAUCUGUGUGAUUUAGGUGCUUCACUUUCAGCAGGAGAACCAGCUGAGCUCCAAAAGAUCCUAGAGGAAACUGAUAUCCCAGAACGUCUGCAACUAGCCCUAACUCUUCUUAAAAAGGAACUGGAGCUCUCAAGAUUGCAACAAAAAAUUGGGCGUGAGGUUGAGGAGAAGGUCAAGCAGCAGCAUCGCAAGUAUAUACUCCAAGAGCAAUUGAAGGUUAUCAAAAAGGAACUGGGAAUCGAGAAAGACGAUAAGGAUGCAAUUGGCGAAAAGUAUCGCGAAAAACUGAAGGAUAAAGUCGUCCCCGAAAGCAUAAUGACUGUCAUUGAUGAAGAGUUAACCAAACUGAACUUCCUCGAAAGUCAUAGCUCUGAGUUUAACGUAACCCGUAAUUACCUUGACUGGCUCACCUCUCUGCCUUGGGGCGUUAUUAGCACCGAAAACCUCUGUCUGGAGAAGGCCACCGAAAUACUGAAUAACGAUCAUUACGGCAUGGAGGAUAUUAAAAAGCGUAUCCUAGAGUUUAUUGCUGUCAGUUCCCUGAAAGGUACUACCCAGGGAAAGAUCUUGUGCUUCCAUGGGCCACCUGGUGUAGGCAAGACUAGCAUAGCAAAGUCCAUUGCUCGUGCUUUGAACCGAGAAUACUUUCGGUUCAGUGUUGGUGGAAUGACAGACGUAGCCGAAAUCAAAGGACAUCGGCGCACCUAUGUGGGAGCAAUGCCGGGCAAGUUGAUUCAGUGCCUGAAGAAGACCAAGAUUGAAAAUCCACUGGUGCUGAUCGACGAAGUGGACAAGAUCGGCAAAGGAUACCAGGGAGAUCCCAGCUCAGCCUUGUUGGAACUUCUAGAUCCAGAGCAAAACGCGAAUUUCCUAGAUCACUAUCUCGAUGUUCCAGUGGAUCUCUCACGAGUGCUAUUUAUUUGCACGGCCAAUGUGAUCGACACUAUCCCCGAGCCCUUGAGAGAUCGCAUGGAGUUGAUUGAGAUGUCUGGUUAUGUGGCUGAGGAAAAGAUCGCCAUCGCUCGUCAGUACCUAAUGCCACAGGCCAUGAAGGACUGUGGAUUAACGGAUAAGCAAAUCAACAUUACCGAGGAUGCCUUAAAUAUGCUAAUACGAAGUUAUUGCCGGGAAUCUGGUGUGCGAAAUCUACAAAAGCAUAUUGAGAAAGUUAUCCGCAAGGUGGCUUUCCGACUGGUCAAGAAGGAGGGUGAGCACUUCCCGGUAAAUGCUGAUAACCUGACCACAUUUCUGGGCAAGCAGAUCUUCAGCUCAGAUCGCAUGUACGCCACCACACCGGUGGGCGUGGUAAUGGGUCUAGCAUGGACGGCCAUGGGCGGCUCAUCGCUGUAUAUCGAGACUUCCAGGCGGCACAUACGCCAAGAGAAAAAAACAGAUUCGACGGCUGGAGGUGGAACUCUACACAUCACUGGAAAUUUGGGAGAUGUCAUGAAAGAGUCGGCGCAGAUAGCCUUGACAGUGGCGCGCAACUUUAUAUACGCGCUGGAUCCUAAGAAUUUGUUCCUAGAGCAAGAACACAUUCAUCUCCAUGUUCCUGAAGGUGCCACGCCAAAAGAUGGCCCCAGUGCAGGAGUUACCAUCAUCACAGCCCUGGUUUCUUUGGCUACCGGAAAGCCAGUGCGUCAAGAUGUGGCUAUGACGGGUGAAGUGUCCUUAAAGGGAAAGGUCCUGACCGUUGGUGGCAUUAAGGAGAAAACUAUUGCUGCCCGUCGCAGUGGUGUUAAUUGUCUGAUCCUUCCUGUGGAUAACAAAAAGGACUUCGAAGAAUUGCCCACUUACAUUACCGAAGGCUUGGAAGUACACUUUGCCACCACCUACGAGGAUGUCUACAAAAUAGCCUUUGCUGAUGCCACCGAAACGACGACGAAAAACGUGGUAGAGCAGGAGCCCCUGCAAAAGGUUUCUAGCGCGGCCACAGCAAAAACGGCGUCAAGGCCUUAAUCGUAGCUUUAGCUUGGGGGUGAAUCGGGUGUUCGUAGUUUUUAUUAAUAUCGAUCGUUACCAGGUUAAUUAGAGUAUUUAGACCAAAGCAUUUGUUAAACUAAAUGCCAAGUAAAUUGAAUGUACUGACGAA